AAAUAUAUGUUAAAGACAUAUACUUAUCCCAGUAUGUGUAAUUCUAUUAGGGGUUUAUUUUUAAAGACACACUCAAAUAGAAUAUGCAGAAUUUUGUUUAUCUGGCCAAGAUAAAACAUUACAUCAAUAAAUGUUAGCUUCACUUUUAUUUUCUUAGGCACUAAAACAUUUUAAUUACUGAUGAUGAAUAGGAAGAUGAGUUAUUCCUUGAAAAAAUACAAAACUAUUUACAGUUGCAUUGUAUAAAACAGACUUACUUUCAUAUAUAUUGCCCCCUCCCUUGUUAAAUAGAAAGCAGACUUGUAUUUAUUGUAAAGUUCAUUACCACGUCUACAGACAGAUGUGUUCUCGAACAUGUUAUAAAAGCCAUCAUUUAACAUUAAGAAAACUAAAAAAAAAAAAAAUUGAAGAUGCUAAUGUAUUUUUGUGUUUGAGAGUCAAAAGAGAUUCAGGGAAGGAAGGGAAUUUUUGUUGUUUGUUGUUGUUCCUGUCUUUGUUUUCUGGAGAGAUCUUAAAGGAACCUGGUUUGCCUCAGUGUACUUUGGUAUUUUUGGAGGGGGAUAAUCUAGCAGUAGUGCUCCUAAAAAUUUAGGAGUCGGGUCUGAGCUUGAGAUCAACCCAGGAGAAGAGUAGUAAACUAAAGAGAAAUUUAGAAAUAAGAAAAGUGAUUUAAAAGAAAACCACAAAAGCAGCAUGAACAUGACACCUGUGGGUGAUCUCUAGCGAUAUCCUCUUUACUCCUGUAAAUCUUCCCAAAAAAAAACUCAACUCAGGUGACCUACAAAGGAAAGGAGGGGGGAAAAGGGAUAACCAAGAAGGGAAAUUUAAUUUUGCGCCUUGGAGUCUGCCUGUGAGUGCCGGCUUGCCGCCUACCCCCGGCUCCCUUGGGGAAUAUUCCUCGGGAAGAAACUGGUGCUCCUCUCAGUCUGCCCAGCACCGACUCCCAGAAGGUGUCACAUCGCGUGGUUGGGACGGGAAGAAAGCGUUGCCACUCAUCUGUUGCACAGCCCGAGGAUGGAGCAGGCAGCUGCUGAGAUGAGGUCGGGGACCAACAGCUCGCCCCAGGGCUCUCGGAAAAUAAAGGAAGUCCAGUAGAAACCGAGGGUCUCAAGGGGACAACCCUCAGCGAAGAUUCCGCGCGGACGCCACUCUUGAUCUGAUCUUACAAAUGGACUCUCGAGUCACAGGGCCGUGACCAACCAAGGCUCCGUGAGUCACAAGCUGGGAAUCACCACGUCGCAUUUACAGCAAAGACAAGGAAAUAGCAUGGCAUGAAACAUGGCUCAGUUCUAUUACAAAAGAAAUGUGAAUGCCCCCUACAGAGAUCGCAUCCCUCUGAGGAUAGUCCGAGCGGAAUCCGAACUCUCACCAUCAGAAAAAGCCUACUUAAAUGCUGUGGAAAAGGGAGAUUAUGCAAGUGUCAAGAAAUCCCUGGAGGAAGCUGAAAUUUAUUUUAAAAUCAAUAUUAAUUGCAUUGAUCCUCUUGGACGAACUGCUCUCCUCAUUGCAAUUGAAAAUGAGAACUUGGAGCUCAUCGAACUACUUUUAAGCUUUAAUGUCUAUGUUGGAGAUGCGCUAUUACACGCUAUUAGGAAAGAAGUUGUUGGAGCUGUUGAGCUGUUACUGAAUCACAAAAAGCCCAGUGGAGAAAAACAGGUGCCUCCCAUACUCCUUGAUAAGCAGUUCUCUGAAUUCACUCCAGACAUUACACCAAUCAUUUUGGCAGCCCAUACAAAUAAUUAUGAGAUAAUAAAGCUUUUAGUUCAGAAAGGAGUUUCGGUGCCCAGACCCCACGAGGUCCGCUGUAACUGUGUCGAAUGCGUCUCCAGUUCAGAUGUGGAUAGCCUCCGCCAUUCACGCUCAAGACUCAACAUCUACAAGGCCUUGGCCAGCCCCUCUCUCAUCGCACUGUCAAGUGAAGACCCUUUCCUCACAGCCUUUCAGUUAAGUUGGGAGCUUCAGGAACUGAGUAAGGUGGAGAACGAAUUCAAGUCAGAGUAUGAAGAGCUGUCCCGACAGUGCAAACAGUUCGCUAAGGACCUACUGGAUCAGACAAGGAGCUCCAGAGAACUGGAAAUCAUUCUUAAUUACAGAGAUGACAGUAGUCUCAUAGAAGAACAAAGCGGAAAUGAUCUCGCAAGACUAAAAUUGGCUAUAAAGUACCGGCAAAAAGAGUUUGUUGCUCAGCCCAACUGUCAACAACUGCUUGCAUCUCGCUGGUAUGAUGAGUUCCCGGGCUGGAGGAGACGACACUGGGCAGUGAAGAUGGUGACGUGUUUCAUAAUAGGACUCCUUUUUCCCGUCUUCUCUGUGUGCUAUCUUAUAGCUCCUAAAAGCCCACUGGGACUGUUCAUCAGAAAGCCCUUUAUCAAGUUCAUCUGCCAUACAGCGUCCUAUUUGACUUUUUUGUUCCUGCUGCUGCUUGCCUCUCAGCACAUCGACAGGUCAGACUUGAACAGGCAAGGUCCACCACCAACCAUCGUCGAGUGGAUGAUAUUACCGUGGGUCCUGGGUUUUAUAUGGGGAGAAAUUAAACAAAUGUGGGAUGGUGGACUUCAAGAUUACAUCCAUGAUUGGUGGAAUCUAAUGGAUUUUGUGAUGAAUUCCUUAUAUUUGGCAACAAUCUCUUUGAAAAUCGUUGCAUUUGUAAAGUACAGUGCUCUGAAUCCACGAGAAUCUUGGGACAUGUGGCAUCCCACUCUAGUGGCUGAAGCUUUAUUUGCCAUCGCAAACAUCUUCAGUUCCCUGCGCCUGAUCUCACUGUUUACUGCAAAUUCUCACCUGGGGCCUCUGCAAAUAUCUCUGGGAAGAAUGCUCCUGGACAUUUUGAAGUUCCUAUUCAUAUACUGCCUUGUGUUGCUAGCAUUUGCAAAUGGCCUAAAUCAAUUGUAUUUCUAUUAUGAAGAAACAAAAGGGUUAAGCUGUAAAGGCAUACGAUGUGAAAAGCAGAACAAUGCAUUUUCAACGUUAUUUGAGACACUCCAGUCCCUAUUUUGGUCAAUAUUUGGGCUCAUCAAUUUAUAUGUGACCAAUGUCAAAGCACAGCAUGAAUUCACUGAGUUUGUUGGUGCCACGAUGUUUGGGACAUACAAUGUCAUCUCUCUGGUGGUCCUACUCAACAUGUUAAUAGCUAUGAUGAAUAAUUCGUACCAACUCAUUGCUGACCAUGCAGAUAUAGAAUGGAAGUUUGCUCGAACAAAGCUUUGGAUGAGUUAUUUCGAAGAAGGAGGUACUCUGCCCACUCCCUUCAAUGUCAUCCCGAGCCCCAAGUCUCUCUGGUACCUGAUCAAAUGGAUAUGGACACACCUGUGCAAGAAAAAGAUGAGAAGAAAGCCUGAAAGUUUUGGAACAAUAGGGAGGCGAGCUGCUGAUAAUUUGAGAAGACAUCACCAGUAUCAAGAGGUUAUGCGGAACCUGGUGAAGAGGUAUGUUGCCGCAAUGAUCAGAGAUGCCAAAACUGAAGAAGGUCUGACUGAAGAGAACUUUAAGGAACUAAAGCAAGACAUUUCUAGUUUCCGCUUUGAAGUCCUGGGGUUACUAAGAGGAAGCAAGCUCUCAACCGUCCAGUCGGCUCAGGCCACAAAGGAGUCCUCCAACUCUGCGGACUCGGAUGAAAAGAGUGACAACGAAGGCAGUAGCAAAGACAAGAAAAAGAACUUCAGCCUUUUCGAUUUAACCACCCUGAUUCACCCGCGAUCGGCAGCGAUUGCCUCCGAAAGACACAACAUCAGCAAUGGCUCCGCCCUAGUGGUGCAAGAGCCCCCAAGAGAGAAGCAGAGAAAAGUGAACUUUGUGACCGAUAUCAAAAACUUUGGGUUAUUUCACAGACGGUCAAAACAAAACGCUGCUGAGCAAAAUGCAAACCAAAUCUUCUCUGUUUCAGAAGAAGUUGCUCGUCAGCAGGCCGAAAGACCACUGGAGAGGAAUAUUCAACUGGAAACCCGAGGGUUAGCUUCGCGGGGUGACUUGAACAUCCCUGGUCUCAGUGAACAGUGUAUCUUAGUAGACCAUCGAGAAAGGAAUACGGACACCCUGGGUUUACAGGUGGGCAAGAGAGUGUGUUCCUUCAAGUCGGAGAAGGUGGUGGUGGAGGACACUGUUCCAAUAAUACCAAAGGAGAAGCACGCAAAGGAAGAGGACUCCAGUAUAGACUAUGAUGGAAACCUCACGGACACAGCCACCCACGAAGAUUAUGUGACCACAAGAUUGUGAUACUUGAAGGAGGGAGCAUUGAUCAUACAUAUACAUAUUUUCCAUAGUGCCCUGGGUAGGGGGAGAUGUUUAAAGUAUAUUAGCAAAUGCUAACUUCCACCUCAUAGCAUUUAUCAACUGUCGCAUAUUAACGUGUAACCUGUUUAAAUAAGGCAAAGGCUAUCAAAAACCCUGGUUUCAUAGCCAGCUUUUGCUUUCACAAUUUGUUUUACCUUUUUUUUUUUUUUUUUUUUUGGUUAAUAAAUAAACGCACCUUGUAUUCUUGUACUAUUGCAAUAAUCCACAGGAAAUUUUUAGCUCUCUUUUUCAACUAAAACAAAUGCAACUUAUUUCAUGUGGUAGUUGACUCCUAUAGUAGGUAUUUUUAUAUGCAGAAAAACAAUGCAGCUGAAAUAUUAGAGCUUUUCAUAAUUUGGGGGGAUCUCUAGAGAUGGUUACACAUCAAGGACUUUUCGGGCAGCCCUACAAUUUGGCUUUAAAACACAAAUAUUACCAAAUUAUUUCUGAACAUGUAAAUAUAGCACAGAUUAAAGCAAGCAAGCCUUCUUUUCAUGGAGUCGUGAUCAAACCCCCUCCUAAAAUGAAAAGCAGGUGUACUUUGGAGUUCUAGGAUGCCCACUUUUCCAUUUCAGUAAGUAAAAUAAAUGUUUGUCUUAAUAAA